UUUCGUCAGCGACACGACCCUUCACAAACAUUGGACCACAGCAGCUCCUUGUCUGUCGUCUGAAAUAGUGCCCGACUAAAAAUCGGCUUCUCAGCUUGCGUUCAUUUUGACGCAUGUAGCUAGCUAGCGACAAGAGCGACUGCGGGAAAGACUGUUGGUUGGUUCCCAUUGCUUACGACUGCCCGUAGAUAGGGGGAAUCGUAAUAAUUUGUUAUACAGAACUUGCCAAGUGAAGAGGAGAUGGACCCGCGGAAAGUACAUGAGUUGAAGGCCUUCGUGCAGCUAUGCAGCGAGAAUCCCUCCGUUCUGCACAUCCCCGAACUCGCCUUUUUCCGGACCUGGCUGUUCGAGAUGGGUGCGACUAUCCCGCCACUGAAGACAAAUGACGUGCCCCCAUCUUCAUGCAAGGGUUGCCCCUGCGCUGGUGCAGCUCCUCCUCCCCAAACUGCGGCUGGGGAACCGUCACCCCCUUCUGAGAGCGAGGAGAGCGAGUUGGAGAUCGACAACGAGGGAGUGAUCGACGGAGAUAUGGACGAACCCCAGGAGAUGGGUGACUUAGAGAAUUUAGAGGUGACUGAUGAGAUGGUGGACCAGGCCAAUGAGAAGAAGAUUGAAGCCAUCGAAGCCCUUGGAGAGGGGGAGCUGGAGAAGGCUCGGGAGCUCUUUACAGAAGCCAUCAAGCUGAACCCCCGACUGGCCAUCCUGUAUGCCAAGCGAGCCAGUGUGUUCAUCCGCAUGCAGAAGCCCAACGCCGCAGUGCGGGACUGCGACCGUGCCAUCGCCAUCAACCCAGACUCCGCCCAGCCCUACAAGUGGAGGGGGAAAGCACACAGGUUACUUGGCCACUGGGAGGAGUCUGCACGGGACCUGGCCACAGCCUGCAAGCUGGACUACGAUGACGAUGCCAGCACCUUGCUGAAGGAGGUCCAGCCCAAGGCCAACAAGAUCAGUGAACACAGGCGCAAGUACGAACGGAAGAGGGAGGAGCGAGAGCUCAAAGCGAGGAAGGAGAGGGUGAAGAAAGCGAGGGAGGAAAACGAGAGAGCGCAGAGGGAGGAAGAGGCCAGACAGCAGGCGUCCGGUGGAGCUCAAGGGGGGUUCCCGGGCUUCCCAGGGGGUGCGGGUUUCCCCGGUGGAGCCUCUCCCUUCGGCAUGCAGGGCUUGGGCGAACUCUUUAACGACCCGGAAGUACUCAAGGCCAUGAAGGACCCAGAGGUGAUGGCGGCCUUCCAGGACGUGGCGCAGAAUCCUGCCAACCUCGCCAAGUACCAGGGCAACCCCAAGAUCAUGGCUCUCAUCACCAAGCUGAACUCCAAAUUCGGGGGUCCCCAGGCUUAGGAAGGGGAGCCAGAGGAGGAGAGACAGGGGGGUGUGAGGUGGAAAUUAUUUUGGGAUUAUUCAGAUGUCCAUAUUUUAUAGUUGGAGAGGAGCAGGGGUGGAAUAUGAAGGGUGCAGGCUGAGUGUGUGUGUGGUGUUAGAUGAGUGGUAUAACAGAUGAGGUGAAAGUGAGGUGAGAAGAACGAGUGUUUGGCUGUUGAGAUGGUGGCUACUUCCGAUUUAGGGGGUGGGGGGGUGGGUGUGUGCACUAUUGACUUCUACAUGCACUUAAUGGGGCCAGCCUAGAGACAGGCAAAUUAGCAUUCAUAGAGGCAUAACAUCGAAUGGUAAUUUAUUUAGGGAGUCCAUACUUGGCUUUUUAGGGCUUCCCUCCUCUUCAGAAGCUCAAGCUUCCUCUUUUUAGGGCUACUCUUUGUUAAGGGGUUUGUUAAAAGUGUUCCCAUAAACGCCAAAUGAACAGCGUGACACUGUGUUAGCCACCAGCACAGACACAUUUAAAACCGGUAGACGGGGCUAUUGGUCGUAUACAAGGGCAAAUCGCAUCAUAAACUAGAGGGCAGUUGUGUUUUUUUUCAGGGGCAGAAACUCAGAGGGAUUCUCUUAACUGCUUUCCCUCAGAUUUCUAAUGUUUCAUCCUCCUUCGCUGUAACACGUCUGUGACUUGUCUGUAUUUCUCUUCUAAAAAAAGAACUACAAAAACUUAAACCAACAGAAACUUAUUUUCUUGUAUUUUGGGUUUUGGAAUCAAAUGGCUAAACUAUGCCGAAUGAAAUAAAUGUUUUUGUUGCAAA